AAACUACAAAAUUCAAGGGGUCCAAAUGUAAGAAACCCUGCUUUUCGUACUUCACCUCCCAUACCAAAUCUCCCCAUUCCACCGCCAUCCGUAAUAAACCCUUGCUGUACUUUUUGGCGUCCGUCGGCCAAAACCCCCACCCGCCAACACUAUAAACAUAGAAUCACAAUCACUCAAAGGAGGAAGCUUGAUUGGAAGAAUUGGAUUGGAGAACCCACUGAAACCUAAAACUCCAAAAAAAAAAAUAAAAUUAAAGCUCAGAGGAGAUUGACAUGGCAGAAUACGAGAUUGACUUGGGCAACCUCAUGGCCUUCGACCCUCAUCACAGCUUUUCCUCUCCUCCAUCCUCCAGGGAGGAACUAGUGAAGGAAAGCCUAGAACAGGGGACAAAGUUGGUUCAAGCUGUUGCAGAUACUCUCUUUAUCUUGCCUUCCACUGAGGACCCAGAUGGUCCAAUCGUCACGUUGCCUCCUCCUACAACCAGACUCCCUCGAGAGAAGCCGCUACCCAAACCAAAACCUCCAACAAGAUGGGAACUGUUUGCCAAAAAGAAAGGCAUCCAAAAGCACAAAAAAGACAAGGUUGCAUUUGAUGAACAAACCGGCACUUGGAAGCGUCGCCAUGGUUAUGAUCGCGUCAAUGAUGACAAAGAUGUACCAAUCAUUGAGGCCAAGAUGAAUGAUGAGCCAGGGGAAGAUCCUUUUGCAAAGAGACGAGAAGAGAAGAAAAAGAGAGUUGAUAAACAAGAGAAAAAUCGUUUGCAUAACUUGAAACAAGCUGCAAAGUCUGGUGCUUUACCAAGUCAUAUUCAACUUGCUGCCACUGCAUUACCUAUAACAGGAAGUCAAGCUGCUCCUAAAAAGGUUGGCAAGGAUGAACUACAGAAUGUUGCUGGGAUGGCAGCAUCUGCAACAGCCAGUGGUGGGAAGUUUGACAAGAAGUUGCCUGGCGAAAAACCCACUAAACAUGAAAAGAAAUAUCGCAAGUUUCUACCCGCUGCUGAAGGAUCUGGAAUGAGUUCCUUGGAGAAGCAGCAAACGGAGAAGGUCCUUAACAAGUUGAUCUCAAAAAAUUCCCAUGAGAUUCUUAACGUUGAAAAGGCUGUGACCAUGUACAAUGUGAAGGAGGAGAAGAAACGGAGGAGUCAAAAGGGGAAGUCAUUCUCAAGCUCGAGCAAGCUGAAGCCCAACAAGAAAUCUUUCAAGAAAAUGCCGAAAAAGGGUUCCUCAAAUAAAGGGAAAUCAAAAUGACAUUAGGAUUGCGAAAUCUUUUUAGGCUUAUGUCGUUCAAUUAAGCUGUAGUGUAUGGAGAAGCUGCAGUUUUGUAUUAGCUAGGCUGGUCUUAUCUCUCGUACACAGCCGUAAUGAAUGUUUAUGCCUAGCCCGAACCUAAAAUGGAUGACGCAACUGUCUCUGCGUGCGUGUUGAGGUACUUACUUUAUUGAAUUGACCUCCUCCUCCAAAGAAAAAAGAAAGAAGAAAAUAGAUUGCGCGUUUUGGUUA